AUGACUUUCACCGAAAUACUCGAAGCAGCUACCAAGCCAGGCCCAAAUCGAAAGGUCCCCGGAGCAGUUGUCAUAGCGGCCGAUGCAUCCGGAAACAUUAUCCAUUUUGAGGCUCAAGGGGUCACAUCUGUUGCACCGGAGCUGGCUAAACCCAUGGCAAAGGACACGACUUUUUGGAUUGCUUCGUGCACGAAGCUCCUUACCACCGUUGCGGUGUUGCAAUGUGUGGAAAAAGGUCAAUUGACCUUAGAUGACGAUGUCUCCUCUAUUCUCCCCGAGUGGAAGGAACCAGAGAUUUUGACGGGGUUUGACGAAAAGACUGGGCAGCCGCAGAUGGUCAAGGCGAAGAACAAAAUCACUCUGCGUCACCUGUUGACGCAUUCGAGUGGCAUGGGGUAUGACUUUAUCUCGCCCAAACUCAAACAAUGGCGAGAGCUUCGUGGGGAGAAAAUGGGUCCCGUGGAUGGAGAUAUUGCAAAGCAGUACACGCUGCCUCUCUUAUUUGAGCCGGGAGAAGGCUGGAGUUAUAGCUGCGCCAUCGAUUGGGCUGGACAGAUGGUUGAAAGAGUCAAUGGAGGAAUCCGUCUGGGCGAGUAUAUGAAGAAGCACAUUUGGGAGCCACUCGACAUGCCUUCUACGGCCUUUCCCAAAACUCCGACGGGAGACUUUGUUGUUGCAACCCCCUAUCCUGCUCAGAAUCCCAAGGAUGAUCUGGGAGGUGGUGGCCUGUACAGUUGCGCGAGCGAUUAUGUGAAGGUGCUGAUUUCACUGCUCAAGAACGAUGGAGCCCUGCUCAGGCCCGAAACGGUACAAAUGAUGUUUACGCCUCAGCUUGCUGACAGUCAGCAUUUGAAGGCCACGGUGACCAUGCCGGAUGUCGGUCCUUUGUUCAGAUCAGGUGUGGAAAGUGAAUCAUGGAAUUUUGGUCUCGGAGGAUGUCUGAACAUGAAGGACGUGGAUGGGAUUUGUAAAAAGGGUACGAUGACAUGGGGUGGUCUUCCGAACCUUUUCUGGUGGAUUGAUCCCGCGGCAGGCACUUGUGGCCUGUACAUGUCUCAGCUCCUCCCGCCGGGCGAUCCGGCGUCGAUUGAUCUCGCCUUGGAAUUGCGAAAAGACAUCUUCGCUCGUAGAGGGAGAUGA